AUGAGUUCAUCACUAGCGGUGGCCAAAGCGGCCGAAGUGUGUCCUCUAUUACUGUUGCCGAUGUGUGGCAAUGGUUAUGCCACGGAUGUGCUCGACAUGACUCAGUCCGAACAGAAAAGGGUUUAUAUUUUAGAUUUAUUUAAUCCAAAUAUAUAUCCGGGAGAUAUGAAGGCACAGACAGCCAUCGAUCGUCCCAUUCAUUUGCCCCAUAGAGUUAAAGAUGAAGAUCACAUAAACGCCACACUCACUGCAGACCAUUUUAAACCAGAUUUGAUUAUCUAUAACGCGGGCACUGAUAUACUAAAUGGUGAUCCAUUGGGUAGACUUCGAAUAUCUCCGAAUGGAAUCGCAAAACGCGAUGAAAUAGUCUUUCGUUACGCCAAAGAACAUGACUUUUCAAUAUUAAUGUUAUUAAGCGGUGGAUACCAGAGGAAUAACGCCGAAGUAAUCGCUAAUUCAAUACGUAAUCUGUUUGAUAAACACAUUAUUGAUCCGAUCGAUGAUCGCCACUGAAAUGGCACUCAAAGAGUGGUUAAUAUUUAGCUUAAUUUAAAACAGAAUUUGUUUUUAUAAUUUAUUGUUAAUAACUUUUAAUAAUUUAUUGUAAUUAUGCAAUAAUUUAGUGUUUUAUUUAAUGCC